AUGGAAUACUUAUUGGUUGAAUUGGCUGAUUCCAAGGAUGUUAAAGAAGUCAAGACUGUUCUUGAAAAAAGCGGGAAAUUGAAUAAGAAUGAAAAGAUCCGUAGAGAGAAUAAUGGUGUAUUUAAAAUUUACACCAGAAUUUGUGAGAAAACGGAAUGGGAAGGAAUUAUGAUGGAGGAAAUUGGGAGAAUAAUUGAUCAUCAGUUGGGGACAUACCGGGAAAGGACCGUUGAAGCAGCGGGAAUUGUAGGGUGUUUCGAGAGGUAUAUAGACGGGGAAUUGAAGCGGAGGGGGACUGUAGUAGAGGAAGAUAUAGUGCGACAACUUCGACUUAGUCUUCCUAAAAAAUAUUCUGUUUACCCACCAAUGCUUCUUCUAUCCGGUCAAACGCUUGAACUUGAAGUUUGGAAGGAUCAUACCAGGUUUUUCCCUCAACUUUUAGAGCAGGAAUUCCCGCAAUGUACACAUAUUGCUGUCAAUAAACCGAUCAUUGAAUCGGAUGUCAUGAGAAGACCUUUCAAUUUGGUUCCAGUAUAUGGAAACUUUGGUCCGGAACCAACAGAUACCCUAUUCACAAAUCCUUCUAAGGCGAACUUCAAGGAAGCUUUCUGGUGUCUGGUGGUCCAGAAUGGGAUUACACAACAUUGGGCCCCUAGAUAUACGAUGUUUUCCCGUGGGAACAUCAAGGAGAAAAAACGAGUAUUACAAUUGUCUAAACAGAAACAAAACUUAAACACAUUGCCGGUUGCGGUGGACAUGUAUAGUGGGAUUGGAUAUUUCACUCUUUCCUAUUUAGCUAAUGGAUACACAGUGUUUUGUUGGGAACUAAACCCAUGGUCUAUUGAAGGAUUGAUUCGUGGAUUGACGGCAAAUCACCAUUCAUACCUUGUUAUAGGAGCUGAUGAAGUAUUGGAUUCGAAGAAAUAUCAUGCAGCCAUUUCUUCAGGAGUUAGAGCAUUCGUAUUCAAUGAAAGUAAUGAAGAGUCUAUGCGAAGGUUCGAACAACUUUCGGUGCCCAUGGAUCUUCAACAUAUCAACUUGGGGUUACUUCCAAGCUCCAAGGAUCUGUGGGGAUCAUGUACCCGGAUGGUGAAUGAGAUCUCCAAUAGUAAAGAGACUCAAAUCCAUGUUCAUGAAAAUGUUUCCAUUAAUGAUUUUGACACAUUUACCAAUGAAACAUUGGAAUUUUUCCAAAAGGAUUGUUUUGCAAAGUUUUUACAUUUAGAAAAGGUAAAGACGUUUGCACCUGAUGUAUGGCAUGUGGUUUUGGAUUACUUGGUAAGUCCUAGAAAGGGAGAUUCAUAG